AUGCUUUCAAAAACGAAUAUUCGUAUUAUUUUCUCCAUGAGUUCAAAAGAAGGACGAAUGCAACAAGAACGACCAUUAAUGGAGGGAAUUAAAGAUUAUGGAAGACCAACUUCAACUGUUAAUAAUAACGAUCUGAAUGACGUUAUUGAAGAAAUUUUUUGUGAAACAUUUAGAAAAGUGUCUAAAGUUUUGGGAGUAUCUAUAUUCAGCGUUUUCCGUCAUUUGCAACAAAUUGGAAAGGCAAAAAAACUAGAUCAAUGGAUACCACAUAAAUUAAACAAAAAUCAAAAAAUCGUCGUUUUUAAUUCUGUUCUUCUUUACUGUUAA